GCGUUCACGGAAUCGGACUCCCUUGGAUUAUUCCCGGGCGCUCGAAUCUCAAUGGGCCUGUGAUAAGAGAGUGCCACUCGUCGAGACUGUGUACACUACAUAGUCCACAACUCUAGCGGCUCCCAGAAAAUGUGGGUCAACGAAUCCCCCCACUUCCAACAACCGCAUUUUCGACAGGAUCUGCGUGUUCGCGACCCUUUUGUUUCUCGUAUCUGUCUUUGAUGGCCGCGGCUCUGACGGAUCACGGCAAUGGGAAUUGGAUCUGGGAUAAGAUUCUGCUAGUCGGGUGGAGUCACACAAAAAAGACUAAGACCAGAGACGGCCAACAAAAGGUCACCACUCACCCUUUUGACAUACAUUUUAAUCACUGGGAACCGCAGAAGACUCACGGACAAUUGAGGUUAUUUCCGGGGUCUCUGACGGCCGGGCCUUGUGAAGCUUGUAGGUUGUGGGCUCGGAUAGACGCCCAUACAACUUGCUGGCCCUGCCAAGGUGCCAUGAUAGGGAGAAUAUUGGUGCCCAAAUUCCCAAAACUUUGUGAUUUGGCGACAGCUAUACAUUUCCGCUCACGGCUCCCAGUUUCCUAUCUGCCUCUACACGCACAGAGUAGCUGCGAACCACAAGCCUCAUGUAGUCCUCUGAAACUUGUCUCAAAAACCGGAGUACGGAAGAACGCAACCUCUUCCCGACAUUCCAAUAGGGGCCUUGUCUGUCAACUAACACCAAGCAAGCAGGAAAGCGCAUUCCCCAGUUCCUGGAAUGUCGAUGGUCAAAUACCCAAAGAGAACAUGGGGAAACUGCAGACAAAAAUCCAUAACGAUACAAUGACGAAAAGAACGGUGGUCUAGUGGUACCUACAUGGCUCAUCUCGAUGACGGUAAUCGUUAAGUCAAAGGAAAAAGACGCACACUCACACUAAACAGUCUAG